AUGCCUGCUGCUGCUACCACCUAUGCGACACGCGGCGAACUGGGAUUGUCGGGCUCCAGCCGGCAAUGGAAAUCGAGUGGCGCGACCCCAGCCAAGACGGCGCGCCCGCAGCUCUCCCAGCUGACGUUCGGGGAGGUCACUGCCAACCUGGGCUUUGGCGAGGUCGAAACGCCGAUCGUCGAGCAAGAGUCGCUCUUCAAGCGGUCGAUCGGUGCCGAUUCGAGUGUUGUCAUGAAGGAAAUGUACGCGUUCGACGACCCCGAUGGCGGCCGGCUGUGCUUGCGCCCGGAAGGCACCGCUGGAGUGAUGCGCGCGGUGCUCCAGCGGCUCGCUGCUGAACCCACCCCGUCCAUCAAUGCCGACGUCCACGCGAGUCUUUGCUACACGGGACCCAUGUUCCGUCGAGAGAAACCUCAAGCGGGCCGGUACCGUCAGUUUCUGCAGUGCGGCGUCGAGUACCUGGGCUCGGCUGGCGUGGAUGCGGAUGGCCUCGUCCUGUACGCUGCCUGGCGUCUCAUCCGUGAGCUCGGGCUUUCAUCUCAAGUAGUGUUGCAGUUGAACACACUUGGGACGUCCGCUGAGCGCUACCGCUACGUCCAAGCGUUGCGGGACUAUCUAGAACCUCGCGCAAAUGAGCUGUCGGGUGAGUCGUUGUCGCGGCUACGUGGUCGCACGCCUGUCGUGGCGACGGGCUCGGAUGAGUUGCGUCAAGAAGCAGCUGGAGCAAGCACCACAAGCGCUGCCGAAGACACGGGCAUUGUCGGUCGUGUGUUGCGUAUUCUGGACUCCAAGCACGCCCAGGACCAUGCCGUGUUGGAAGCUGCUCCUCUUCUCUCGGACUUUCUAGAUCCUUCGACGCACGCGCGGUUUGCAGAGCUGAAGGAGACUCUGGAAGCACUUGCCAUUCCGUUCACCGUCAACCCGCGACUUGUACGCGGCCUCGAUUAUUACUCGCACACUGUUUUUGAAAUUGUUGCAAAUAGCGGGGUGCUCGGCGCCCAGUCCACAGUACUAGCUGGUGGGAGGUACGAUGAGCUGUCGCUUGUGCUCGGUGGCAAGCGCAAGGUGCCGGCUGUCGGAUGGGCUGCCGGUGUCGAGCGGCUUUCACUCGCCAGAGCAUCGACACCCCAAGGACCGUCCUCAAAGACAGGCCAAGCUGAGUGUGGUCUUGCUGCACCUCCAGCAGAACAGCCUCUCGGGCCAUUUGCAGUCCCCAACUCUGUCUUUUUGUCCUCGCGUCCGAACGCCAUUCAAGCGGGGCGGUUGGCGCGCGUUGGAAUUCUGAUCGUCCCUCCCAAGCCCGUGUAUCCUGAUCAGCAACAGAGCGCACCGGCCGCGGUGUCGCCGCAAUUGUCACCUUCCCAGCUCGUGUCGCUUCUCUACCAGACGGUGGAGGAGCUCAAUCAGAAGGGGAUUUGCACCAUUCCCAUUCUUGUUCGUUCGCGCGAAUGCACAGACAAGCCAGCAACCAGCUCGCGCUCCGUUCCCAUGCUUGGCGAUCAAUUACGCGCUGCAGCCCGGCACGGCCUGGAGCACGUCGUCCUGCUAUAUCCUGAUCAAGCUGCCACCGGCACUGCCGUUGUCCGGCAUCUUGCGAGUGCGCAUCAGCAGUCCGUUUCGCUCACGUCGCUUGCAACCCAUGUGCUUCAGCUGUCGUCAUAG